CAAAGGCGCACGCAUCCAUGGCUGGAAAAUGGCAGACAGUGCGAAACGAGAGAAAAUAGCCGCUGCUCGAAAGAAGUUAAAGCAAUUUAAGCAAAAAACAGGAAAAAACUCGCCAGUCAACCCCAAGACUUCUAACAAACAGUCGGACAAAAAAUCUAAAUCUAAUUCUGCUGAAACUGAUUUAUCACAGGAAAACCACAGUGAACCAAUCAAUACUGAUCCCGUCAUUAAUAACACUGACCAGGUUCUACAGGAUAACAGUUACAGCAAACAGCUGACUGCUGAUACACAACAGAUUAUUCCUGAUGCAAGGAAUUUAAGAAAAUUAGGAAAUUAUCAGCAAACAGAACACAGUGGUUUACUAUCACCUCUGUUUGGUGUGGAAAGGACAUCAGCAUCUACUGAAAGUUUGCAACAGCUGUCACGACAACUCAACGGUCUUCUAACAGAGUCUACUUCUUUGAUGGAUACAACAGAAGAGGACAAUGCUAACAUAGUAGAAUUAGAGAGAAGGAAUAGGGAAUUAGCUUCAUUGCUAGAAAAACACUCUGAAGCAAAUGAACAGUUGAAUAUCCAAGUUCAACAAGCAAGGGAGCAUGCAAAAGCUCUACAGGAUCAAGUUGAGCGAGAGCGGAGUGCAUUUGAUGGCAAGCAGCGUCAAGAAAUAGGACCACUCAAAGAACAGUUACAGGUGCAUAUACAAACCAUUGGGAUUUUAGUGGCUGAGAAAACAGAACUUCAAUCCCAGCUAAACCAAUCUCAGAAGAUAGCAGAGCAGAGAUUCAAAGAGAUCGAAGAAUAUAGUGGGCGAUUAAAAGCUUCUCGACAACGAGUGGCAGAUCUAGAGCGGGACUUUUCAACAUCCAAUAAUUCUAGUAAAAAAUUUGAACAGAAUAGCAAAGAUUUUUCAAAAGAUGUUGACCGAUUAAAAUUGGAGUUAUACAAAUCAAAUAAAACACAAGAAGAUCUAAAGCAGCAGUGUUCUGAAUUAGUGGAAAAGUUACAAGCCAAGGCAUCAGAAUCAACAGCAAUGGAACAAAAGAUAGGAGAUCUGACAAAGCGACUUGAAAUGUCAGAACUGUACACCCAGCAAUUGUCAAGUCAGGGGGACAGCAAACAGGAAUCUUUAGCGAUCAUGGAUCAACUACAACGAGAAAAGGAACUCCUUGCCUCUCAAGUUCAGGAGUACUCUGAAGCAUUCCAGAAGGCGUGUGGUGAGCGAGACCAGGUGGCGGAUCAGUACAAGUCUUAUAUAGAUCAGCUACAACAACACAGUCAACAACUCACCGAACAGGUGACAAGUUUGACAGAAGAACGUGAAGUAAUGGUGACACAACAACAUCAGUUAGAGGCCAGUAUACAACAACUACAACAACAACUAGAGGAUGUAAAUGCCAAUCAACACCAACAACAAGAGACCAACGUAGCGAUGAUGGAGAGGGAAAGGGAGAUUGACUUACUACAGAAACAGCAUCAGGAUCUCCAACAACAGCAUGACUCACAAAUCAGGGAUAACUCACAGCUCAGCCGGUUACUGGAAGAGAAAGAGGCCCGGAUACUGGAGCUUGAGAAUGACAUGUCAGAGAUGGGGAUGGAGGCCAGUGAUAAAGCUCAACUGUUGGACAGUAUACAGAGCAACAAAACAGCCCUCAGUCGUGCUCUCACCCAGAACAAAGACCUCAAGAGCCAGCUGGCUGAGUUACAAAACGGAUUUGUCAAGCUGAGUAAUGACAACAUGGAGCUGAUGACGAAGGUCCAGUCCGAACAGCACUCAUCACAGGAACACUUGUGUCGUCUCAGUCAGCAAGAAGAUAACCUCAAGGAUUUAAGAGAAACUAUGAUGGAAAAAGACUUGAAGCUGGCAGAGUUGAAACAUACAACACAUGAAGUGACAAAAGAGCAGUACCACCACGAGCAGAUUAAUGACAGAAUGAGACACUACGAGGCACAGGCUCAGCUGGUGGAAACUCUCCAACGCGAGCUGCAAAACUCACAGGACAUGACAGACGCCCUAAAGACCCAGAACUGUGAGCUGCGUACCAUGCUGAUCAAGGCCUCGGACAAUCAAAACAACCCAGGCCUGAAUCCAGAGGACGAGAAGAAAAGGGAUGAUGUGAUUGACUCACUGACAGCAGCAAUAAAACAACUGGAGACUGAGAGGACCCAAUUGAUGCAGACUCUGAAAGAACAGCGGGAUCUCUCCGACAGUCUCACUGUGAAAAUCACUGACCUGGAGGAGGCGAUCGUACAGAAAAGUACAUUCCAUGUAGACAAUGACAAGGUGAGCCGACAGGAGUACGAUGUAAUGAGAAAGACCAUGCAGAUGAUAGAGGACAAAUAUACCGGUGUGAUGAGGGACAAAGCCGAGCUGUCAGACAAGGCUGAGCAGCUGGAACAUCUAGUCCUACAGCUAGAGGGGGAGGCAGAUACUAUAGGAGAGUACAUAUCAUUAUAUCAUCACCAACGUGCUUUGCUACAACAACGAGAAUAUCAGAAAAACGACUACAUUGCCCACCUUGCCAAAGACAGAGAACAAUUACAGGAGAAACUUGGGGAGCUGCAGCAGCUAGUGAUGCAGUUACUUGGAGAGAAGAAUAUGUUGUCUAAUUACCAUGAAGAAGCACACACUUCCAUGCAUUCCAACGACCUCAGUGUACAACCACACAUCCAGAACGCUCUCCAGCCUCUGACGAAUGGAGUCAAUAGUAACGAUGUGGACUGGCCUGACUAUACCAGUUCUGAGUCCGACUCAGAGAGUGAGGUCGAGGCUAUUGUGGGAGGUCAGGACAAUUUCACAAAUAAGGAAGUCACAGAAACGAUGGACCAACCAACUGAACACCAAACCACACACCACCACCACCAACACCAUCAUCACCGUCACCACAGUCAGACUUCUCACGACGAGGGCCACGUCCAUACCAAGGGGCCACAGGAGGGCCAGACUGCCAACAAAAUUCUUAACCUGCUAACAGAGAUUGGACACUCCACACUAGUUGACAGGCCGAAUGAUAUAGACCACAACUUCUUACCGUGUAAAUACUGUAAAGGAAAGGUACAGAUUAUAUGAGUGCAACAAGGAAGUUCCUAACAAACACUUAACGAUACAUGGCCAAAACCACCAAGGAUGAUUGUAUGUGCAAUUAGUUUGGUAACACUGACAUAGAGACUGUGUCAAUAUGUCUAUACAUGAUAGGAAUCUCCUGUACCCAUGUUUCGGUAUAGACCGUAUGCAUACAUAUUCCUCUCCAAUGGGACAGAUUUCCAACAAAGAUAUCAAGAGUAUGCAUACCUCUCUCUGUGGGAUGAGUUGCCAAUACUGAAGGAGAUAAACACGUUCUACCUUUGCAAUAAUAGGCCCAGUUCAUAGAGAGUAUACACACUUGUCUUAUCUAACACAGGGAUUGUGUACAACUGACAUCUCACAUAGAUUUGUGAUAGCAGUGCUGGUCACAUUGAACAUACAUUUAGAGGUCACACAUUUGUCCUAUGGAUUUAAUGUAUGACUUGAUAGAAGUGGAGAAGUGACAACUCCUUACAAACGGAAAUGUGUGUUACCCCGUAAUACCUGUCCUUUAAUACAGGAUGUCCUACAGUUUGUUUCCUGCUACAUACCGAACACCAACAAUGAAGGUUGUGUUCAAUUGUUCCACAGAAAUACACUAAAACUUCAAAAUGAAGAUUUUUGGUUUUGUAUAACUGUUCCAUAGAAAAGAAAUACACUAGAACUUCAAAAUGAUGAUUUUUGGUUUUGUAUAACUGUUCCAUAGAAAAGAAAUACACUAAAACUUCAAAAUGAAGAUUUUUGGUUUUGUAUAACUGUUCCAUAGAAAAGAAGUACACUAGAACUUCAAAAUGAAGAUUUUUGGUUUUGUAUAACUGUUCCAUAGAAAAGAAAUAUACUAGAACUUCAAAAUGAAGAUUUUGACCACAAACCGUUCAUCUAGAAGGGUUUUAAUAUUAAUAAAACUAAUCAAAGAGUAUCAAAGUGUUAAGUGGUAUGGUUACAUGGAAUAUUUCAUAAUUUAUUAUCUUUAUCAUAAAUAUUUGAAAUCAUGACUAUAAAACAUUGUGCAAAUUUCGUUCUGUUAAAUUACCCAUUCGACAACAGUUUAUUAACCGUCAGUUUAAUAUCAUGUGAAUCAACAUUAUAGAAGCUGUUACACUUGUGCAGACAUCACUAUUUAAAUGCACUAGUAAGUAAACCUACACAAGUAACACUAAUGUGUGUGAGGUUGUAUUACUUAUCUAGUACAGAGUAUGUGGUCUGUAUACCAUUAUGCCUUUCUGUGAUAGUCUGUGAUCAGUGUUGUGAUUGGGGUAUUGAUCUGAAUGUCUGAACCUAUUUUGUGAGAAUAAUGAAUCAAUUGUGCUAGUUUACAUGUUGAUGUGAUUGUACUAGGAGAUCACAAUGAGAAGCUCAAGGAACAAUAGGUUUGUUUAGGUAUCUACCUGUAAUAUCCAACCCGUAGAUCUGUACUGCUCUUUACUGCCUAAUGUUGGUGCUAGAAGUCAAAUUCUGUUGGAAUGAAUAGCUGACAGUCCUGGUGUUGUUUGUAAUCAAACUUUCAGAAUGUUUAAUAUAUAUAAUGAUGUUAUUCCAACCUGCUCUGUAUAACAUACCAAAUUUGUAGACAUAAACCUACCCUGUCAGACUUGUAUCAAAGCUGUCUCCAAGCUAACAAAUACUGAUAUGUAUGGUACAAAAGGAAAUUACAUGUAUUAAAUCCAACAAAUUAUGAUAAACUGGCACCAGUUUCACAAGUUUUUCUUAGCCUCAGUUAAGAAUUUUCCUUAACCCUUUCACCACUGUAGACCAUAAUGGACUCAUCCAUAUAAAUGCAUGGUAGAGUCUAUUAACGUUACAUAGGGCUGAUAGAGUUAAUUAAACAAUGCUUUCCCCAUGGGAAAAUGUUAGUUUGGGACAAAAGGUCGGUGAAGAAUAAACUAAAGCCUGACCUAACAUCUACAUAGGGUACUUUACGGUAAAUUACCUAUUGGUAAAAUACCCAUUCUACCUCAAAUCUAAGGCUAUCCAGGUUUAUCACCAGAAAGGUUGGAUAUUGAAUGGUUUCAUCUAGUAUAGUGGGAUAUUUUUCCAUUAAUUGGUUGGAACACCCUAGUUUCCUAGGUAAAGUUUGGUAAGGUGGGGGAUAUUUCACAAGUUGUUGUCGGUUACAAAACUUAAUGUUUGAACCCACCUCGGAGAUAAGUCCAGCUUUUAUGAAGUAAGAUUAACACACACUUGCAAGAUACUAACAAUUUGACCAACAGUUAUACUUAUAACAUUCCAGUAGACAAGAAGUUUCAAAUGUGAAACGUAUCUGCAGUGGCAGAUCUAGAGACCAAUGUGGGGUUGUUUCCUUUCCCAGAGAGGAGAUUCUCUUUUGGGAAAUACGAGAUGUUUUUUUUUCUCCAGAAAAUCACUCUGUCAAAUUGAUAAAUGUGAUAUCAUUGAAAUAUUAAGUAUGAUUUCAAAAAUGGAAAGAAAAUGUUUUUGCUUUGUUAUGGUUAGUGAAGAUUUCCAUAAAUGCAUUGUGUAGGUAAAUUACACUGGUAGAUACCUGUUAUUAUGUUUUAAUCAGUGUUUUGUCUGUCGAGUCCUUCAAAGCAAAUCAUGUUACUACUUUGAUUUCAAUUAAUACAUAAAUUAUUACAGAGAUGUAUCAAGACUCUGCUCUAGUCAUUCAGAUCUGUGUUGCAUGCAUAUAUAAGGAACUCAGUUUGGACCCAGAAUUGAAUAUACAGUAAGUCAGUGAUAUAGAGAUAAUAUACUGCAAGUUAGCCUGAAACAGUGAUUUUGUGUCUUCAAAAAUUAACUUGACAGUUUGGUAAUAUUACAUUCACAACAUCUAUUAAUGAAUACACUUUAUUUAAUGUGUGUAUAAUUAUUAUGUAACAGAUACAUGACAUUGUAUUUUAUCAAAUUCACAAAUAGGGUGAAGGUAAAGCUGCUGGAGAAUUUGAGUUUGGAGAAGAAAAUAAUUGUAAGAAAUCAUCAUUAUCAUGUGUUUAUAUUCUUCAAUAUUUGUAACAGGUACUAUAGUUACAGACCAGAAAUCUGUACUUGACUGGACCUUCCCUUAGUCUGUGAUAUUUAAGGAUUCACUUACGGUGUAGAUUGCUACAGGUUUUAAGGGAAAAUGUCCAGGUUGAUGCAUAUUAAACAUGUAUAACCCUUCUUUUUGUUGCUGUGGUACCUGUACCUGUGAAAUCGAAGCAGACACAUAAUGAUGAACAUUACUUCUAAAAUGGAAUAUAUCGCAUUAUCUUGAUUCUACAUAUCACUUGCCAAUUAAAUGCUUGUUUGCUGCUUCAGGAGUUUGUGUUGUAGAUAUCAAAAAUAUCUUAGCUAUAUUACAGCUGAGACAAUUCAAGUUCUCACUACAGUAAAAGGAUAUCUCGACUGCAAAUACUUGGCAUUUAUAUACGUAUGACAUUUUCAUUUUCCAUGGCAUAAUUGUGAAUUUUUCUUUCUGCAUAUAUCACUAUGCACAUUAAAUACAAAUAUCUAGUUUUCUAGAUAUUCUCUUGUACUGUGAUAUUGAGGCACACUUGAGAAUUCAUAUUUCUACUUUUGGAUAUAUCGGAGCUUGAGAAUGCCUUAUAAUUUUUGUGGUAAAUUGCAAAAAGAGUGAUCACCAUUUUUGUGCCAUAAUGAUUUGGAAAUGGCACUCUUUUGCCAUGAGUAUAUUCAUUUUAAUGAUGAAUGUAAUACAAGAAGAAAACAAGUAGUUUUAGCAGCUUUCUUACAAAUGUAAAGUUACGACUUAAGCUAGACAAAGUUAUUAUUCUGUAUUUUUUCUCUUAAAAUUUACAAUAAUUUGUUUUACUUUUUGAGAAUAUUUAAUGACAAACAAGAAAAUAUUUUCAUUUAGCAGUUUUUCCAUUAAUCCUGAUUUAUGAUAAAUAUUUCAUUGGACACAUGCUAUUUUGCAUGAUGGGGGAAAAAAGCUGAUUUCCAAAAAAUACCAUAGAAUCGAGAAUCAGUUGUUCACAACCAACUUUAAUCCCAUCUUGUGUUGCAAUGCAAGUUGUACUGAGGUCAUAGUAUUUCUAUUGGUGAAAACAGCAUAUAUCAUUUUUGGGUAGAGUAGCAUUUACCUGCACAUUCAUACGUACAGUAGUAAAAUGUACUAUGUAUUACCUUUUAGUCAAUGAAAUCGACUCUUCAUAAAUAAAAUGACAGGUGAAAUAUGGUGACCACAUUGUUACUUUCUUAGUGUGCUCAUGAUCAGGGUAAGUGUAAAAUUGUUUUUUAUUCACACAUUUGUCGAUAUUGGAUUGGAAAUCAAUGAAAAUAUUUAUGGAAAAUUUGUGUGAUUAAUCUGGAAAAUUACCAGACACUUUCAAUCUUUCAAAGACCGAUAUUUUGCCAUAAAUUAGCAGGAACCCAUCAUUAGGGAUGCAUUACACAGCCUACCUGUGAUUUGUGUUACAGUUACCUCCCUUAUUUUUUCUUCAAAAUUAUUGAAUACAUGUUUAGAAUUACCAGAGUGUUGCUAAUGCAUGCAUUCUUGUUUACCUAAUAAAUUACAUGUGUACAUCUUCAUUUAUUUUACAAAAUUUCAAUUACCAUUAGUUGAAUUGUGAUGACAGGUACUGUACAUUGACUUUCAAUGGGGAAUUCUGCUGAAAGGAUGCAUUUGAUGUACAGUAAUGUAACAAUAUCCUUUGGGAAUAUAACAGUCAGAUUGAUUUAAACACAUUAGGCAUGUGUACUUACAAGUUAUAAUGUAGGUGUCAUAAAUGUUUUAUAUUUACAUACAAAUAUGCUUCAAGUACAUGUAUUAUCUUCAUGUAACAUAAUGAACACAGAUUUGAGUCAUAGCCUAAAGUGAUCGAGUAAAUGUGUUUGAGUGAGUGUGCUUGAACUUACAAGCUGUCUGUAGGAUGUUUUGUAUACGGUUUGUGGUAUUCAUGUACAGUGUACCUUGUAUAUAGUCAUAACGCCGUGUAAAUAAAGAGGAUAUACUGUAUAUAUGGUUGUGUACAUACCCACUACUGUAAGUUAUUCAUAAUAUAAGUUUGAGAUUGUUCAUUGUAAUAUAAAAAAAAUUGUAUAUAUAUAACACAUUUACAGUCAUGAUUUUUAUUGAACUAUGCAUGCACAUUUAAUUAUGUAAUAAAUCCUUGGGAAAUAUCAAGAUAUCGAAA